UCAGCCGCUGAGUCCGGGUCUAACACAUCGGCAUGACUGUCUUUGCCAACCGCUCACUUUCUUCGCUCUCGUCACUCCUGAAGUACCCAAGUACGCCUUGAUUAGAAAAGGGUCGUGUAAACAGGGGGACCACAGCGAGAGGAUACAAGUUCUUGGCAGCUUCUGUCGGAGAGGAAUCCCGUGGGAUUGUAUUUAGCGUCGUUACGGUUCCGUGUGCGGUAGAGGGAGAGUGAGUGUCAGGAUCUGUGUUUAAUAGAGAAGCUGAUCUGAGGAGCAGCAGAUCAUACGGCCUCUGUGUGCAGCUAGCUGUACGUCAGACUGAACUGUAGUUUAGCCUAGCUAGCUAGGUUAGCUGCUAGUUUAAUAAGCAACAGGCUAGCGGGCUAUGCUAGCAAGUGGCAUCGAGUUUAGUUAGCUCUUUUUAAUUUAGCUACAUUUCAGCAACACUGACAGACUCUGUUAAUUGACCUGGAGUAUUUAAAUCAGUUAGCUUAGCUAAGAUAGUUAGCUUAGUGGUAAAUGGAGCAAACGUGAGCUAGCGAGGUUGUAGCUAGCGUAGCUAGCUAACGCCUGGUUAGUUGGGUUAGUAGAGUAGUAGGGCCAGGUACAGUUUACUUAGCGCUAGCUAGCACGUAUGCUAAGCUAGCUAACGCUAGUUCGGUGUUGUUCAUCUUAUUAAGGCUGACAAAGCUAUUUAGCUAAGGAUAGACCGAAAUAAAAACAGAAGAAGACUAAAAAAACAACGUCUACGGAGUGUGACAUGCCCCCAUUCAGUAGUUAGCGGUAGCUAGGUUAGCUAAUGCUAACUGAGCUUGUUUUUACAAGCCAGCAAACUCGUAGCGAUGUCAUGAGACACACAUAUCCAAGAUAACUAGGGCUAGCUCAGUCAAACGACGUAGGCUGGAUUAUUAAGAAAUUUGGUGCAGUUUAUAACGUUAGUUAAAGUACAUGCACAGACUGUAGUGCACAAGCUAGCAGACUAGCGCUAAAUAACCACACUAAGAUAGCUAAUGUUUCUCAGUUAACUAGCAAACCCAGGUUAGCUAAUUACAGCCACCCACGUUAAUUUGUUAGUUAGGUAGCUAGCUAGCAUUAGUUAACUAGGUUAAGUGGCAGUACUGUUAAUUAUCAGUAUCUGCGUAUGUCGCUCCCUGUCUGACCUACAUGGCCAUCAAAUUUUCGCACUAAACUCGUGGGACUGGCGUUAGACAUGUCAGACAACCAGGGAAACCUAAACAACAACAACGUGCCGUUGAACAACAAUGGCGGUCCGAACCGAAUCCGCAACCCGAACAUCAACCAGAACCCCCUCAUCAACGUGCGGGACCGCCUCUUUCAUGCCCUCUUCUUUAAGAUGGCAGUCACCUAUGCCAGGCUAUUCCCACCGUCCUUUCGGAGGAUUUUCGAGUUCUUCGUGCUUCUGAAGGCUUUGUUUGUGCUGUUCAUUCUGGCCUACAUCCACAUCGCCUUCUCCCGAUCACCCAUCAACUGUCUGGAGCAUGUGCGUGAGAAAUGGCCACGUGAUGGAAUCUUGCGCGUGGAGAUCCAGCGCAACUCAAGCCGUGCGCCCAUAUUCCUGCAGUUUUACGAGACGGAAGGAUUCCAGGGGCUGGUUAAAGAAUCCAGUGGAGAUACAGAGGACACCAGCCGAGCUCCUGUUCAUCAAGAAGAGGAGGAGGAGGACGAAAUGACCAUGGAAAUGUUUGAUAACAGCUCUGUUAGGUUUGAGCUGGACAUUGAGCCGCGUCUGAAGCCGUCUCUGAGUGCUGGAGUCCCGGGCACGGGCCUGAACGACACGCAGGACCUCUCCUUCAGCCAGGCGCCCUCUAAAGGUAUGCAGCCGCUGAAGGAGACUGUCUCCGAGAUUGAGAUGCUCACUCGAGCAGUGUGGCCCCAGGAGGAGUACAUAGUGGAGUAUUCUCUGGAGUAUGGCUUUCUGAGGCUCUCCCAAACCACAAGGCAGCGUCUUAACAUUCCUGUCAUGGUGGUUACCCUGGACCCCAUGAAGGACCAGUGCUUUGGAGAUGGCUUCAGUCGCUUCCUCUUAGACGAAUUCCUUGGCUAUGAUGACAUACUAAUGUCCAGUGUUAAAGCUUUGGCAGAAAAUGAGGAGAAUAAAGGGUUCUUGAGGAAUGUGGUUUCAGGAGAACACUACCGUUUUGUUAGUAUGUGGAUGGCACGUACCUCCUACCUGGCAGCCUUUGUGAUCAUGGUGAUAUUUACCCUCUCUGUGUCCAUGCUGCUCCGCUACUCCCACCAUCAGAUUUUUGUCUUCAUAGUGGACCUCCUGCAGAUGCUCGAGAUGAACAUGACCAUUGCCUUCCCAGCAGCUCCUCUUCUCACUGUAAUUCUAGCUCUUGUCGGAAUGGAAGCAAUCAUGUCUGAGUUUUUCAAUGACACCACUACAGCAUUCUACAUCAUCCUCAUCGUGUGGCUGGCUGACCAGUACGAUGCCAUCUGCUGCCACACCAACACAAGCAAGCGCCAUUGGCUCAGGUUCUUUUAUCUGUACCAUUUUGCAUUCUACGCCUACCAUUAUCGCUUUAACGGGCAGUACAGCAGCCUGGCUCUCGUCACGUCUUGGCUCUUCAUUCAGCACUCCAUGAUCUACUUCUUCCACCAUUACGAGCUGCCAGCCAUCCUCCAGCAGAUCCGCAUCCAGGAGAUGCUGCUGCAGAACCAGCAGGCAGGACAGGGCAACCAGACGGCGCUGCAGGACAACCUGAACAACAACACCAGCGCUGUGGGCCCCGCUGGACAAGCCGCAGCAGCCAACGCUGCCGCUUCAGCCAACGGCCAAGACCGGCAGCCUGCUCCUACAUCCCAGCCGCCAGCAGACGCGUCCAGCCAGCCUGUGGCUGCUGCUGCGGCAGCGUCCAGCGAUCCCAACUGGAUGGCCGAGACGGCGGCCAUCAUCACUGAAGCCAUUAUAACAGAGGCGCUGUCAGCCCCACAUUUGGACAGUGCUUUGCUGGAGUCAACAACGUCCACCGCUGGUGCAUCCAUGGCAGUGGAGACUCAAGGCCAAAGUCAAGGUCAGAGUCAAAGCACAGGGAGCGAAAUCCAGGAUAGACAAAGUAGUUCUUCUGGAGAUCCAGAGAUCAAACCCCGGGGCUGUCCUCAAGGCCUGGGGCCACCUGGUGGUGGUGGAGGUGGUGGAGAUGGAGGAGGAGGAGGAGGAGGAGGAGGAGGAGUUGUUGUAGGAGGAGGAGAAGGAGGAGGAAAAGAUGAAGCAAGAUCAGCUCAUCCCCUCACAUACUGUAGAAAGCCAGAAGUAGAACAUGAAGCGGACACGCAGCAGUUCGCUGCAGACUGGGACGGUAAGACCGAGAGCGAAAGUCGCAACGGACCGGCGACGGCUCCUUCCUGAGCUUGGCGUUUGUUUGCUCCCGUUCCAAACUCGUGAUUCCACCUCCUUUCCUCUUCAACUAGCAGCAAACGGCAGCCGAGCUUCUUUACCCUACAAACGCAUCCGGAAACGGCCUUGAGGAGGAAGAGGAGCAUCAGCAUCAGCGAUGGAGCACAGUGUAAACGCACCCCCCUAAAGUCUGGCCAAGAACUUGGGGGACUGAACUUUUUUUUUUUUUUUUCUUUUCUUUUCUUAGAGACUUUAACGUCAGAGUAAAGUAAUCGCUUCUCGAAUUCUAUUGAAAAGACACCACAUCAGGGUGAGAUCAUUUGAAGAGUAUUGUUUAUUCGUGUGAGAUCUUUUUUUCCCCCCUCCUUUUAUAAAAAAGAAAACAAUGAUUGGUAGAUGAAGAUUGAUUGAUUGAUUGAUUGAAACACUGGGUGUGUGAUUGCAGAUUUUGACGUGUUCAGCAAUUUUACAGUCUAGUACAGUGAAUAACAUCCUGCGUCAGUCAGAUCUCAGCUUGUUGAGUUCAGAAGUUAAGUUGAGUUAAAGGUAAAAGUAUCUAGUCUCUGUUCUCAAUAAUAAUAUUUUUUUUUCAGGCCAAACAACCAGAACAAGUGGUGUGUGUAUGAUGCCAGUCUGUGAGUUAGGGGUAGGGGGGUUCUUAUGGUUUUAUGCACUAGUGGACUAGCAGAAUACACAGUGUAAGGAAGAACCCAAGCUAGACCCUUUACUUAACCUCUUCUGGAAGAAGUUCUGGAAGCUCACUAAUGUACACUUCUUUGAAUUGCAUUUUCUUUCGAAGAUAUUAAUGUUCAUUGUUGUGUCGAGGAGAGGGUAGUGAAUUCUGUAUGACAAACUAUUUGAUGAAGCUCAGCUCAGUUUUUUUUUGUUGUUGUUGCUUUGUUUUAUUUAGUUUUGUUUAAUGGUACGUCCAUCCAAACAUUAUCUGCAAGCCCUGGAGGUUAACGUUAACGUCUUUUUUCUAACUUUUGUUAAAAAAAAAAGAAA